AAGGAUAAUUCAUGCAUGCUGUGUCAUAGUUUGGGAGAAAUUCUAAAUGAGCAGAACUCUUCUGGGGGUUUUUGGUCAUCACUUCAAAUUGUGAAAAAUUCAUAUCUUUCAUUGGUUUUUUUCAGUUUUACAGAAUUUUUGGAUCCAUUCCAGCGAGUGAUCCAGCCAGAGGAGAUCUGGCUGUACAAAAAUCCCUUGGUGCAAUCAGACAACAUCCCCACACGGCUCAUGUUUGCAAUUUCCUUCCUCACGCCGCUCGCAGUCAUUUUUGUGGUGAAAAUAAUCCGUCGAACAGACAAGACCGAAAUUAAAGAGGCUUUCUUAGCUGUUUCCUUGGCUCUAGCCCUGAAUGGUGUCUGCACAAAUACUAUUAAAUUAAUAGUGGGAAGACCGCGUCCCGAUUUCUUUUACCGCUGCUUUCCAGAUGGAGUCAUGAACUCUGAAAUGCACUGCACAGGUGAUCCAGACCUGGUCUCUGAAGGCAGAAAAAGCUUUCCAAGCAUCCACUCUUCCUUUGCAUUUUCAGGCCUUGGCUUCACCACGUUCUACCUGGCUGGAAAGCUGCACUGCUUCACGGAGAGCGGCCGGGGGAAGAGCUGGAGGCUCUGUGCAGCCAUCCUGCCCCUCUACUGUGCCAUGAUGAUCGCCCUGUCACGGAUGUGCGACUACAAACACCACUGGCAAGAUGCUUUCGUUGGAGGGGUGAUUGGCCUCAUUUUUGCUUAUAUUUGCUACAGACAGCACUACCCUCCUUUGGGCAAUACAGCCUGUCACAAGUCUUAUGUCAGCCUGCUGGAUCAGAACUCAGUGAAGAAAGAGGAGAGACCCACAGCAGACAAUGCCACUGGGCUGCCUCUGGAGGGAAUCACUGAAGGUAUCCUGUGAAAAAUGCAGGCAAAAUAUUCCAGACCACACCCUGGCAUUUGAACAUUUCUUGGAGCAAUCAAGAUAAUGUUGAUCAACGACCACAAUUACGGUGCUUCAGACUGGAGGAGACUGCUGCCAUGAUUAUAAUUUCUGUGUUCCUGUUGGAAUAUGCAUCAGCCUCGUAGACAUUUUGUGAUUCAAACAGCUCAAUGUCUUUAUGUAAGGCUUGCCAUUUAUUUUCCUCAAAGCAAAGCUUUGUAGAUUUUUUUUUUUUUUGAGAAGAGCUGCUUCCUGAUUGGCAACACUUGAAUUUUUAUAAAAAGCAAGUAAAUUAGGGUCCCCUUAAAAAUAAACCUAAUAACUGUGUACAAGAGGAUGCAACCUUGCUGUGUAUAAAUGUAGAUGGUAUUUGGAAAUGGCUAUAAAUAGGAAGUGACAUUAAGGAACAGAAGGUAACAGGAGUGAACCCGAGAGGUUCUGUAGAAAUCAGAAAAAAGCAAAGCUGGUACAGUUUAACUGAGCCAGAGGGAGGAUGCUUCACUUACAGAAUUCUGAGCUCUACAGCAGAGACAGUUGAAUUUAGCUGUGGUUUUCCUGGUGAAUAUACAGUAAUUCACAAUACCAGCAUCAGCAAAGCAAAAUUACUUGUUACUUGCACUGGAUUUGACAGAACAUUCCUCUGGUGUGGUUGAGACCUUAUUCUAGAAAUCCACAGAGUUCAAUGGAGGUUUAAUCUUCCUAUGAAGUUUUUAAACCAUCCUACAGAAUUCUGUAACAAAUAUAGUUUUCUAUUACUUCAUGUGAGAGGAUUAUUGAGAGCCCCAGAGCCAGGGUGAGGCUUAGCCAUCAGCUCUUUCUUUCAGCAGGAACCCUAGUCUUCCAGGUUAUAUGCAAAUGUUAAAAAAAGAAUAAAUCUUCAAUCAAAAUUAGAAGUUUAAUACUGAUGCAUAGAGCAUUUUGCAUGUUUUUAUAUAGAUCUGGCUUAUUCUCAAAAUGGAGUGGGGCCUUCUAACUGUGCUGUACACAUUCUCAGUAUUUUAAUGGCUUUUAGUGCAGGCAGGCUGUUCUUGGGAGAAGGAAAAUCUCUUCCAGCCCUCAAGUGAGUAGUGGCUGCUAAAGGAUUGGAACAUGAAGUGUAAUACAGCAUAAAACCUGAAAUUGCAGGAGUAAUUGGUGAUCUCAGAAAAGCAGUAAAGAAUAACACAUUUUAAUGGGAAUAAUUCAAUUGAGAGUCAUAAAGGAGACAAUGUAAAAGGUUUGAUUAAAAUGUAAUUAAAAUUAUGAAAGACUUAAUGGAAUGAAACUUGUGGAGGGAUCUGUAGGUGCCACAAUCAGCAGUGCAAAGUCAGCGUAGGGAAGGCAUUUUUGUGGAUCAAUGUAUUUUACUCUCAUGCUUUCUCAAUGUGAAGGAAAUGUAAUGUUGUAAUGCACCAAUAAAACAACACAUGAAUGUGGGUUUGUA